AUGAAGGCUCUCUUGAUAGUCGUUCUUCUCUUUUUGGUGAGUCUCAGGUUUGCCAAUGGGCUGUCGACUGUGCCAGGCUAAUGCUCGGCUCCGGAUCGUAUAGUCCGUUCCGCGCCGGCUUGCCUCCGAGCUACAGUACAUGUCUGCUCCAAUGCCACUCCCUGUGCAUGCGCCUUUAAUCUAGCUUUCUAUGUUUUCCGUAAAAUUAAAGACGCAUGGAAUGGAAUUUCCUGUGCAUGCGCCUUUAAUCUAGCAUUUCCGUUUUUCGCAAAAUUUAGGGCGCAUGGAAUGAAACUUCUUAUGCAUGUGCCUUUAGUCUAGCUCCCACUUUUUUAUGUUGAAUUAAAGGCGCAUGGAACUCCAUGGUUAUGCGCCUUUAAUCUCGCUCUUCUGUUUUUCGCAAAUUUAAAGGCGCUUGCACAGAAACAGGUCGUCUGCAUCGUAUCAAACGAAUACUGUAUCAUUUACAAUAGUUUUGAGUGAAAAAUCCAAGAAAAUAGUCAUUUAUACACCCAAUGAAAACAACGCGGCCUCGCCCUUUUUGAAAUUUCUUCCGAAUUUUGAUUUUUCUAAUCUAUCAAACAACGCAAAAAAUUGUUGGAAGUUUCAAAUGAAAGCGAGAUUUCGGCGAUACCGCCUGCGAUAUCGUCAGUUGUUUUGGGUGAAUUAAUUAAAUUUUGGUUGUUCUUGGCGAGUUGAAAUUUGUUUUUUCAGGCUGUUUCGUCAGCGAACUGCUUUGACGUGAGGGCCAUCUCUGGAAUCCGUCGAUCCACUCAUAAUUUCAGUUUCCGACCUUCGGCAUACCCGAAUUGUUGAGUUCUCCAAAUCGUCGACCAGAUCCUCCUCCGGAGCCUGAAACUACAACUACAACGACUACCAGAAGGACCACAACCAACGCAUCUGUCGAAGUUCGUUUUCGGAAAUCCAAAAGCUUUCUAAUUUCAAAUGUUUAUUCCAGACCACGUUCAGCAUUUUGUCUUUGGUCCUCAGUUUUGGCCUCGCUGCUCUUCUUUGA